AUGGAUCCUCGGUUUAGAUUAGUUGUGUUCUUUAUAGUUUAUUUUUAUAACACUUAUUUGGAAGUUGAAACAGCAUCGACACUAAAAGCGGAUUUAGAAUGCGAAUUCCCGCCAAAAAUGGAGGAAGAUCUAACACAUGUGAGAAGAAAAAGAUUAACAACGGAAACAGGACUUGUCUGCCUAGAAGAUUAUCCGUACACAGUAUCAAUAAGAUUGCACGGCAAACACUGGUGUGGAGGAGCAAUUGUGGGGAAGCAGUGGGUUCUCACGGCAGCGCAGUGUUUUGAUUACGUAUCAAAAGAAGAAGUGACGGUCCGCAUGGGCUCCGUGUUCCGUGACUUCGGAGGCCGUAUUCUCGCUGUAACAAACGUCGAGAGACAUCCAGAUUACAAGAUGGAUCAAUACUAUCCUGAACAUAAUCUUGCCAUGGUCAAGGUAAAUGCUCCAAUUACGUACAACAACAGAAUACAAGCGGUGACUCUACCGCUUGCAGAAACAUCUCUUCCGUUCAUGUUUGGCGAGACAAUUGUUACUGGAUACGGAUCUGUUGUGACAGGUCAGAUCAGAGAAGGUGAGAACCAGGAGCUUCGACGUAUGAUAGUGAGGGAAGUACCGCGGGCGGAGUGCCGGCUGAUGUACGGCAACGAUUACCAUUUGCAACACGACCACAUUUGUCUGCAGAGCGUCACUAGAGGUGUCGCUUUGUGUGCUGGCGAUACUGGAGAUCCAGCUGUACAUUUUAGCGGCAUGAACCGUGCUGGCACAUUGUAUGGGAUUGCACUCUUCUCCGGCACAGAGGAAUGCGCUUACAAAUCCAAACCAGGAAUAUUUGCCAAGGUAUCCUUCAGCAGAACAUGGAUUGAGAAAAUACUAAACGGUAAACCGGAGCCGUAUGAGAGCGCUGACAGCGGCGAAAAUGAAAUACCCCUAGAUAUUAUUAAUACAGAUUAA